AUGGCAGUGGGCUUCGUAGGUGUCUAUGGGGAAGAACACCUGAAGAAACGCCUGGAAGAUUAUAUGGCCCAGUUCCCAAGUGUACGAAUCCUCCGAACCAAAAAGAGAGAAGGGCUGAUAAGAACUCGAAUGCUGGGGGCCUCUGUGGCCAUAGGGGACGUCAUCACCUUCUUGGAUUCCCAUUGUGAGGCCAACGUGAACUGGCUGCCACCUCUGUUAGAUCGCAUUGCCCGAAACCGCAAGACUAUCGUUUGCCCUAUGAUUGAUGUUAUUGAUCAUGACCACUUUGGAUAUGAGACUCAGGCUGGAGACGCAAUGCGAGGUGCAUUUGACUGGGAGAUGUAUUACAAGAGGAUCCCUAUUCCCCCUGAGUUACAGAAACUUGAUCCCAGUGAUCCGUUUGAGUCUCCUGUAAUGGCUGGAGGACUGUUUGCAGUCGAUAGAAAGUGGUUCUGGGAGCUGGGAGGGUAUGAUGCAGGUCUGGAGAUAUGGGGAGGAGAGCAGUAUGAAAUAUCCUUUAAGGUAUGGAUGUGUGGGGGUCGCAUGGAGGACAUCCCUUGCUCUAGAGUUGGUCAUAUCUACAGAAAAUACGUUCCAUACAAGGUUCCAACAGGAGUCAGCCUGGCAAGAAACUUGAAGCGGGUGGCUGAGGUGUGGAUGGACGAAUAUGCAGAGUACAUAUACCAGCGUAGACCAGAGUACCGGCAUCUUUCUGCAGGGGACGUCGCAGCUCAGAAGGAACUUCGCAACAACCUCAACUGCAAAAGCUUCAAGUGGUUCAUGAACGAGGUUGCAUGGGACUUGCCAAAGUUUUACCCACCAGUGGAGCCUCCAGCAGCUGCUUGGGGAGAGAUACGCAAUGUAGGAACUGGGCUGUGUGUGGAUACUAAGCAUGGAGCCCUGGGAUCCCCCCUGAGGCUGGAAAACUGUGUGAAGGACAGAGGAGAGGCAGCAUGGAACAACGUGCAGGUAUUCACGUUCAGCUGGAGAGAAGACAUCCGUCCUGGGGAUCCUCAGCAUACCAAGAAGUUUUGUUUUGAUGCCAUUUCCCACAGCAGCCCUGUGACCCUCUAUGACUGUCAUGGAAUGAAGGGGAACCAGCUCUGGAGAUACCGAAAAGACAAGACCCUCUACCAUCCAGUAAGCAGCAGCUGUAUGGACUGCAGUGAGAGCGACCGAAAGAUCUUUAUGAAUAGCUGCAAUCCUUCAUCUCCAACACAGCAGUGGAUAUUUGAACAUACAAACUCAACAGUCUUAGAAAAAUUUAACAGAAAUCUUGAUCUUUAA